AUGUACAACGGCGUGCUAACGCUGAAGCUGCCCAAAGGAGUUGAGAUCCGCGUGCUGAAGUAUCUGGGAGUGAAGAUCGACGACCGGCUAAACUUUAACAGCAAUAUCGAAGAUGCUUGCGAGAAGGCGGCGAAGGUCAUCAACGCGAUAGCUAGAAUCAUGCCGAACAACGCUGGUUCCAGCAGUAGCAAGAGGCGUCUUCUGGCCAGUGUGUCGUCAUCGAUACUGAGACAUGGAGGACCAGCCUGGGUUGCAGCGCUGGAAACGAAGCAGAACCAAAGGAAACUGAGCAAUACGUUCCGGCUCGCUGGCGGAGGACAGCGAGUGCUACAGGCGGAGAGAAGCCGAAAGAGUACGGAAAGUUGUGAGAAUGGAGUCAUUGGCUAA